GCUCGGCUAUGGCGGAGUGAGAGAGAGUCGCAGUGGCGAUCGCGGCGAUGUCCGCGAGCAGUCGCCGUUGCUGGUGAGCUUUAUUGCGAGUGAAAGCGACGGAUCUCCCACUGGGCCCCGUUUGCCCGCUAGGGUUUGGUCGCGAGCGACGAGUGUAAAGCAGGGGGAGCGACGGAUUCCAUCGCGGAGCUCCGAAAUGUGGCUCCAAUUCCGGGCUGGAUGAGAGCGUCACUGGGGCGCUGGAGCCAGCAGCAGAUUUCUUGGCGCCAGAUCUAGGAGAGCAGCAUACAGCGUAGAUGAGGGAAUCCAAGAAGAAAGGGUAUGCUGAAAUGCGGGCGAUGGCGCGGCCGGGAGCUCCAGCCGAGAAGAUCGAUUGGGAGAUGCGGCCGGGUGGAAUGCUGGUCCAGAAGAGGGACGAGACCGCCGAGCAGAGCAUGUCCGGGGCGACGAUUCGUGUCAAGGUUUCUCAUGGGGCAGUGUAUCACGAGGUCACGAUCUCUCCAUACGCGACUUUUGGUGAUUUGAAGAAAUUGCUCGUCCAGCCGACUGGGUUGCAAGCCCGGGAGCAAAGGAUCCUUUACAGAGGGAAGGAGAAGGACAGUGGCGAUUACUUGCAUCUAGUUGGAGUGAAGGACAAGGCGAAAGUAGUGCUCAUCGAGGAUCCCGAGAGUCGCGAGAGGAAGCAAGAGGAGUCCCGACACAACGAACGAAUCUUGAGGACCUCCAAAGCUGUGUCGGCCAUUAAGUCUGAGGUCGAUAAGCUUGCUGAAAGGGUUUUGACGGUAGAGAACGAUGUUCACAGACGAGUCGAGGUCCCCGAGUCGGAAUUCGACUCGCUAACCGAGGCCCUGAUGAUGCUGCUGCUGAAGCUGGAUGGGAUCGAAGCUUUUGGUGACGCUAAAGCCCAAAGAAGGAUUCAGGUCAGGAGAGUCCAAAAAUUUGUGGAAGCCCUCGACGCGUUGAAAAUGAAGAACUCGUCUCCUCCAAGUGUUGCAGCCAAGGAGCAAAGCCCCGCGAAAAACUCGUCCAGUAGCAGCAACGCGGCCGCCAUUGUUGUCACGACCCAGUGGGAAACCUUUGAAACAUCGGCAGGGAAUUUCAUCUCCACACCUCCAAAACCGGCUACCACAGCAAUUGAGACCGAUUGGGAGAGAGCGCUCUUCACAUAGAAGGUAGUGAAGUUUUAUUGGUGGCGUGGUCAUUCAAGGCUCGAUCAUAUAUAGAGAUCAAUCUUUUCGUGAUUGUCGAAUUGGUGCAAGCAAGGAGAGGAAGAAGGAAGAAGAAAGAAGAAGAAAAAAUUGGAGCUUGUAGAAAGAAUGGAAAAGCUAUGGUAAGGAGGAGGCGCAAUUCUUUGUAUAGUAUCAUAAAACAUUUGUUUUUGCGGAAUGGGGUUGUGUGUGGUAAUAAAAAAGAAGCGCGAAUGUUUUGGA